CUUCCGCCAAUCCACUUAUGCUUAUUUGUUGCAACUUGCGGCGCGUCGUGUGUGUUCGGUUCGGUCUGUGUGGGUGUUGUUUUAUCGGGGAGUUUCAUCCCUAUUAGCCAGCUAUUAGCUAGUGGAGAAUUAGCCUCGCUAGGUCGUUUUUUUUUCCAGUGCCACCCUACUUGAUGAUAGAGUUAACGUCAGCUUGAUCGUUUAGUGAGCUCAGUCUCGUAGACUAUUUGGCAAUGGCGACCGGGUCCUCAUUCAUGAAAUAUGGAACCAUCACGUCUCUCUUGGUGGUUCUCCUAGCAUACUGGUUUAGAUCUCCCUUUCAUGGUCCGGGGUUAGACGAAAGACUUGAUGUCGUUUUGUCAUCACUGCUUCGUGCAGAAAGCAAAGUGGGAGUGAAUAAUGUCGCGAGACCGAAGGUUGCCAUAGGUUUUGGGGGUUGUGUGGACAUCAUUGUGGACAGCGUGGCACUGCUGAACAAGAUUGGCCUGCCGCCCACUGACCAGCCCCUGCAUCACGACUACAUCGAGAAUGCGGAGCAGCUGGCCCAGAGUUUCGGCUACUUCUUCGCCCCGGGGGCAGCUUCAGAGAGAUACGUGAUGAAUGAAACCCUCUUCAGUCAGCUCGUCGAGGCCUCUCGCGAGUUGCCAGGCAACCGGUGGGCCGUGGGAGGCAACGCACCGGUGAUGGCGGGCAGGAUGGCGAUCGAGGGUUGCGACGUGUUGCUAGGCGGCAGCUUCAGCACGGACUUCAACGACGUGCUCCCAGAACACAUCACAGUGGCAGGCAGUGCCGUGGAAGAGCCGGACAUUCACCUGAUCAUGGAGUAUCCCUCUGGCGCCAACUGGGGACCCUACACCUCAAGAAGAGCCAACAGGUAUAUAGUCCACAGUGAUGACCACAACCCCUACCUGGACUCCAUGGAGGAGUUUGAGAAGCAGCUGAAGGACUUCCAUCCAGACCUGCUGGUGGUGGGGGGCCUGCAGAUGAUGGACAAUUUCCCCUUCAAGCAGGGUGAGCGUGAGGCUCUGCUGGGACACCUGUCUCACAUGCUGUCCUCGGCAUCGGUGGAGACGUCGGUGCACUUUGAGAUGGCCAGCUUCGUGGACGAGGGCCUGCUGUCGGACCUGCUGGAGCUGGUCCUUCCUCACGCCGACUCGCUGGGCAUGAACGAGCAGGAGCUGCCCAACCUGCUGAGCCUGUUCCGCGGCGCCAACGUGACUGUGCUGUCCGACCCCAACCCGCGCGUGGCCACCGUGCUGGACCAGAUGCGCGAGCUGUACCGGCUGGUGAACGAGCAGCACCGCGAGUCGGGCCUGGGCCGCGCGCUGACCCGUCUCCACGUGCACACGCUGGCCUUCCAGGCCAUGAUCGUGACGCGCGGCUCGCAGUGGAAGAACACCAUGUCGGCCACGGCCAAGGCCUCGCUCGUCGCCAACCGCCACGUGUGCGGCUCCUCGGACAUCGACCCCAGCAAGGCGCGCCUCAUCAUGGACGAGUCGUUCUCGGUGAGCCGCCAGGAGGGCAGCCCGCGCAUCCCGCUGCAGGAGACGCGGCCGGUGUCGUGCUGGGACGAGGGCGACUACCAGAUCUGCGUGGCGCCCGUCCUCGUCUGCACUGAGGUCUACCAGACUGCGGGCGGCGGGGACAACAUCUCCGCUGCUGGCCUCGUGCUGCAAAUCUGAUCGGCCCUGAUUGGUGGAGCGGGACUUUGUGUCGUGACGACAGCAACCUGGCGACGGCGCUCCCCCAAUGCCCAACCCUGUCAGACAUUUAAUUUCCCCUUAAAAUAUGAAGAUUUUAUGGUUUUUGUUUGUUUUAAGUUUGUUUUAUUUGUUUCUUCUACAGUUUUAGUGCAAUACAGAUGCAUGUAUGGUCCAGCGGUAGCGUCUAUAGUUCUUGCUGACCUCAGCUUUGAGGGUUGUGAGGCUCUCACAUUGUCCUUUAUACAACGUUUCAACUUGUCUUUGGAGUUUUCAAACAUAUCAUGUAAAUUAUCAUUGUUUCAAUUCCUUGUUGUCAGGAUCAGUUUUAAAUCACCACUAAAUCCGAACCACUCAACACUAAAGUGUGUUUGGGGCCACGGUUCAUUCUGCAAUGACCACUGCUGGUUGUGAUCCUGACUGUAGCCCCAGGGCUCAUAUUGUGUCAUGUCAUGACGAAUUGUCUUCAUUCUUUUUCUUGUGACCACCCAUGCAGUGGAGCAGAGAAAUUACUGUUACUUGUUUGAUCAGGUUGCAACCUGAAGGUCAAAACAGCUGAAAUUUGGUUGACCCCCACCUGUGGUGUGAAGUCUCAGGUGAUGCGAGUAAUGGCUUGCUCUCCUGGCUGUCUUAAUUGAAAUUCUAAAGUGUCCUUCUACUUUUGUUUGGGGCUUGCAUCUUUUUUCUCAAGUCACAAGGGAAUGGAGGCUUUCUGUAUCAAUAGGGCCCAUAGUAUGCUAAUCAACACAGACCUUUUAUCUCAGUGUCCACACUUCCGACCACCCCACACCCCGUGUUUUCAUUCUAGAACAUUCCAUUUCUCCCAUUCCAUUAUGUGUGUUCCAAAUCAUCUGCAUCCCAUUGUUCAGGUUAUUCUUUGACUGAAUAUGUGUUUUAAGUCGGGUAAAAUAGGGGAAGCAGCAUGUGUGUGUGAUUCAGAAUGUUUUAAAGGGAUAGGUGUAAGGUAAUCUUCUUUCCCAAGGCUUUUACAAAUGGUCUUGACAUUUAUUUUGUUUUAGAAAUCACUUUGCAUAAUUUUGCAUCUUUUUUUUUGCAUCUUGCAUAAUGUGAAAAUUUUGUUUUUAAAUUGAAAUGUCUUCUCUGAUGCUGUGUCUUCUGGUAAGCUCGUUGCAUGAGUUUUUUUUUUCUAACGAUUUGUUGAGGUGAAGCACCCAGUGAGUGGAGAGGAGGGAGAGAUUCUCCUUAUCUCACAUGUCACAGGCAUUUGUACUCUGAUGAUGACCCUGAGCUUUAGAAAACCUUGAUGACUGACAAAAAAAUGCAGCUACAGUUUACAGUGCACUCUGGGUCAAGAAGGUGUUUGUUUUCUUCUCUCUCUCUCUCUCUCUCUCCCCACCCCCCUCUCUGUCACAUUUGUCAUCGACUGCAUAUAUAUAUAUAUAUAUAUAUAUAUAGCGCCUACCUCUUGUGCCUGUUUGGAGAAGAGGAAAGUAAGUACAGUGCAGCGUUUGUGAUGCCCAAGCUGUUUACUCCCAGAACUACUCUUGUUGGGACUGAUCAGCAGAAAGCUAGGCUAACUAUAGAUGUCAUAUUAAGAGUCUUUAUUGCAGAGCGCUGUAGGGCUGGGCUGUUAGGAUGUCGGGUGGGGUGGGCGCACGCUGUGUCCAGUCGGAUGUCCACCUGGUUUUAUUUUUACUUCUCAGGGAUCGGCGAUGUGCACGGCUGCUUCAGCCAUAAGUACUUGACUGCAUUAAAACCGACUGAGCUGCUUGCAUGAGAACAGCUGCCACCGACACUUGCUCCUCUGUGUGUGUGUGUGUGUGCUUGUGUGCAUAUGUUUGUGUGUGUGCAUAUGCAUGCUUGUGUGCGUGCGUGCGUGCAUGCACGUGUGUGUGUGUGUGUGUGUGCCUAUGUUGUAUGUAUCUAUUACAUGCAGGCUAGCAGUGUGAGAGUUGAGUACAGAGUGUGAGGUAUGGAUUUACAGACCACUGGUCAGGAAAGGAAAUGCUAUUUAUAGGACCCUGGCAGACCAGAGCACCUCUAGGUACUUACUGUUGCCUCAUCAUAACCACAUGAAUUACACCUCACUUAUUACAGACAACAUCCAAGGCUGUCUUCCUCAGGAACACCUUUGGUGUAGCCACAGAACUUUAUCUAAUCUGUCUCUUGGGGAGUUGCUUUAAGAAACCGAUGUGUCCAGUCCGGGUCAGGUAUUACUGGACGGCUGCCUCUUUUUUCGGAUCUGCCCUAUUUAUUUAUCUAGUUCCUAUUGUGCUGCUGUGACAUAGAGAGCUUCUAAGUCUGCCUGUCUGUCUGCCUGCCUGUCUGUCUGCCUGCCUGCCUGUGCGUGUCCACAACAGGCUUGGACAGGAGAUGUGUGUUUGUGAACGAACAGCACGGACCGAUCAGAAGGCAAUAAAGAUUACCACAUUCCA